UUUCUGCUCUUCUUUUCUCCCUUGCAGCUCCCGAAACCCCCCCUCUAAGCCGCAAGCACCAGCUUUGAAAAAUUGGUGAGAAAGCUUGGAAUUUCUCCUUUUUUCUUGUCCAAGAACCUGAUUUGGAACCCAGAAAUCUUUCCCCCUUGUUGGAAAUUCCAGAUCUGCCUUGCUCUGCUUGUCUUCACCGCCAGCUGCUAUGUGGUCCCGUGAAUUGCUCCUGCAGCUUGCCGCCGGCCUCUUCCCCCCUACAGCUCCGGUUUUUACAACUGGAGAAUUAUGGGUUACUGUUCAUGUCGUGAUUUAUGGAAAUAGCAUUGUGAUUAGGAAUGAUCCUAAUGAUGAUUUCAGCUUGAAUUUGUGAUAGUCCGGUAUUAAUUCUGAGGUGUUUUGAUUAGGUUCCCGAUCGUUCUGUCAGUUAGUGCAUGAAUUGAGUGCUCGGUUUUAUGCAAGUGAGGUAAGUAAAUUUAUGGUAAUGCCCGUACUGUUUUAAAAGCAUGUUUUGAUUUGUUUUUGAAGUGGUGGCGGGACUAAACCCGUUUUACACGAGCAUGACUGAUCUGAAGUGAAAUGUUUUGUGCUUUUCAUGAAAUUGAGCAUGCUUGCUUGAAAUUUGAGUGAUUGUCCUGAUGAUCUGAAAGUGAUUGUGAAUCGUGAUUUUCCUGUUAACUUCUGCCCGUUUUGUCUCCGAUGUGGUCAUGUUAUUCGUGACACUGCUAGUGGGGGAGGUUAUAAACGCUAGCACAUGUCGACAUGUUAGUGAAAGAGCCGGUUCAUUCAACCCAGCUAGUGGGGGUUAAACACCAGCAAAUCGUGGCCCUGCUAGUGGGGAUUAUACACUGGCCGUGACCUAUAGAGGAGGCGUCUAUUUCAUGCCCGUACUGUAUCUAUUUUCGUGAUUGUACUUGUUGGCAUGCUUUAAGUUUGAUAAGGGGCACUCCAUAUUUACUUACUGAGUUUAUCUCAUAGUUUUUCCUUGUCCACCAUUUCAGGAUGUGAAAUCGAGGACGGGGAAACCACGGGAAGUGACGAGUUAGAAGGCUAGCCAUAUUGUAAUUGGACAUGAAAUUUUAGAAACAAAUUGUGAUCUUGUAAGCUAGAGUGUAUUUGGAGAUUUAUGAUAUCGGAGAAAUUUUAAAGAUUUGAUCUUCAGAUUUUGGUGGUAUCAGAUUGUGGUGUGAUAAGUUCCGAGCCUUGUGCAUUUGUGGGACCCGUCUCACGAGUGCACGGCGUCUGUCGCGUCUCGAAAUUGGGUUUUGGGGCGUGACAAUACCUUUG